CCGUUGCCGUGCCAGUUGAGAAAUACAAUCGAAAGUGCGUGCAUCAUCUUUGCGAACAGCGGAAGCAGAGUCGUGCCAAAAGCGAAUUUCAGAAAAAAAAAGAGAUGAAAUUAUUGUAGUGAAAAUUUGUGCACUUGUGGACAAAAAAGUGAAGAGAGCUAAUGACAAAAUAACACAAGAAUGCGCCAACGAGAUUGCUGCAAAAAUACAGCAUCUAAUUUGUCGCCCCAAAUCUAAUUAACGCGAUGCGUGCUGCUGCAGCAGCGUAAAUGCGGCCGAAGGACAUUGCAGCGAAAACUACUACGAAAUGCCGCCAUGUAUGAGUGUGAUUGGGUUAGUCGUCCACCACAGCAGCAAGAAGAGCCUUGAAUGUGCUGAUGCCAGUUUCAGAAGGAGCACAGAGGCAAACUGAUGAAGCAGCAGCAGCAGAGCAUGAGUCUGACUACAAUGAUGAUGAUGAUGAGGACGACGCUGAUGAUGAUGAUGAUGCAGUUACAAAUGCAGCAGCAUUGCUAUAAAUAACACAAGGACUUGUGGAAGGGCGGCAUCGACAACGACAACGGCAAUGGCAUCGCAUAAAGUGUGACAGAAAUAGUAAAUGCAACGUGCGAGAGUACAAAGUACAUUUGCAAGUGUGACUAAAAUUAAAAUAUACAUGUGUAUGUGUAUCAUAUUUAAUGCAAUUGCACUCUCAAGUGCAACGACGACGACGACGCAAGUGACAACAAACUAACUGAAUUUGUCAGGUAAUUGCCCUGUGCGCCAAAAAGUAGGCAACAAAAAAACGAAUAAAACGAAACUCAAGCUAAACGACUACGCGAAAGACACCGCAAGUGAAUAGACUGUGCGUGUGAGAGAGAGAGAGAGAGCGAGUGCUAGUGGCAAGUGGCCAAGGUGUCGAGUGUCGAGUGGUUUCUCUGUUUGCCCCGCGUGUGUGCUGUGCUGUGCUUAACCUGAUUUAGAAAAGUUUGUCCGCGACGAACGGAGCACACACACACACACACACCACAACACACCGCACCACACAAUGUACAUAUGGAAGUGUGGAGCAAUAGCAGGAUUAGCAGCAACCGCAAGAGAAGACGUCGACGUCAGAGAAAGCAGCAGGACGAACCGAGUAUAGUGAAUGGAAUGCAUGUGUUUAUAACCAAUAACCUCGCCUAAAUGAAGCAUGAAGAAACAAAAUGUGCGCACGAUAUCCCUGAUCGUGUGUACAUUUACAUAUUUGCUAGUGGGUGCCGCCGUCUUUGAUGCCCUCGAAUCGGAGACGGAGAAGCGGCGUUGGGAGGCUUUGCAAGCUGUCGAGGACAUGAUAAUACGCAAAUACAAUAUAUCACAAGAAGAUUUUAAAGUCAUGGAGACGGUGGUACUCAAAUCGGAGCCACACAAGGCCGGCCAGCAAUGGAAGUUCACUGGCGCAUUCUAUUAUGCAACGACAGUGCUAACCACAAUUGGCUAUGGACACUCGACGCCAACCACCCGCGGAGGGAAACUGUUUACAAUGUGCUAUGCCAUUGUUGGGAUACCCUUGGGCCUGGUCAUGUUUCAGAGCAUCGGAGAAAGAGUGAAUAGACUGAGCAGUUAUGUUAUCAAAGCGGUGCGGACAUCGCUGCGCUGCAAACGAACAGUUGCCUCCGAGGUGGACCUUAUAUGCGUUGUCACGACGCUCAGUUCACUGACGAUAGCAGGUGGUGCUGCGGCCUUUUCAAGAUUUGAGGGCUGGAGCUACUUUGAUUCAGUAUAUUACUGUUUUAUUACUUUAACCACAAUAGGCUUUGGCGAUAUGGUAGCUUUACAGAAAGAUAAUGCGCUAAAUAGGAAACCCGAAUACGUUAUGUUCGCACUGAUAUUCAUACUAUUCGGACUGGCAAUUGUUGCCGCCUCACUGAACUUGUUAGUACUUAGGUUUGUUACAAUGAAUACCGAGGAUGAGAGACGUGACGAGGCCCAGGCCAUGCAGUUUAUGACCAAGUCCACUUUAUGGACCAAUGAGGCACUUCAAGUGGCUGUCAAACUGGAGGGCGAUGUGAUAACAUCCAAUGGUUCCAUACUGAGCGGCUACGAGGGACACGACGGCCAAUCUCUCAACGGCACAAACACAUCCUCAAUGUGCUCCUGCCGUUGCAUCUGCCUCAAUGGAGGGAACCGGCAUAAAAAACACAAGAAUGCGAGCAGUGACCAUGUUGCAGAGCAGCAAUACAAGAUGCGUCGAUCGCCCACGCACAUAAGACACUUGCUGCCGGAAGUUGUGCCGAUGCAGGAUCUGAACUACGAUACGCAGAGCAUGCAUACGAUUGGAGCACUCAAUGGCAGCGGGAUCAUGAGCGGAAGUCACAUGGGCAUCGGUCUGGAUGUUGUGGAUGAUACGGGAACUCGAUCGCCGAUUAAACCGCAGCCGCAUCCACAGAAGCUGCUCAAACGCAAUGUAUCGCUUUUAUCAUUUCGUAUUUAGGAGGAACGAACAACGACUCGACUCUUGUAGUAGAUGCCCCCUCCAAAACACACACACACUUACACACACAACCAUGAAAAAGGACUUGCAAAUUAAAGUGAUAAACUAAUCUACAAUACAUAAACUAAUGGGAAUACUUGAAACUGAAAACUGAAGCGAUUAGCGAUUAUUUGAAUUGAGAUUCGGAUCUUGCGAUCUUAUAAAAUCUACAAUAUAUUUAUGUGCAUUUACAAUGUAAAGUUACGCCGCAUAAAUAUCGAAGAAGAGAAGGAGAGAAGCUAGUAGCAAGCAUUAUAGAGAUACUACUAUACUAUAUACUAUACUUAGAUAUCUAGAACUACACACAACAAAUACACCUAAACAUUACUGAAUUAGGGCACUAUCAAAUUGAUCUAAACCACUGCCAUUUCCGAGCGAUAGAAACAAGACACCACACACUCUAUAUAUGAUACAUAUAUCGAACUCUUCUAUAUAUAGCAUUCAUAUAACCAAACUAUUUAAACAGGAACUGCCUUUUCAUGGGGCUAUCUCUUCCACUUCCACAUAGAGGACAUGCCAAUCCAGUUGAAACUAAAUAGAUUCGAUCGAUAUAACAAGAAAAACUUAAUUCUGUAAAUACCUAAGUAAAUGCUUAA